CAAACAAAACCUUCGUAAUGACGAGCUUAGUUUUACUUGUCAAAAAAAAUUAACUUCAAAGAUACAGUAAGAAUUUUGGUGCUCGUUAAAAUGGAAAUAGCAAUGAAUGAAUCGAAGGGAGAGGUKAAAGUCGUUCUGCUUGGAAAAGAAAAUGGUGGAAAGUCUUGCUUGGUUGUCAGAUAUUUACACAAGAGAUACCAUCCCAGAAAUGUUCAAUCUACAAUAGGAGCGGCGUAUGGCACAAGCACAGUACAACUGGACGAAAAUCGAAUUGUGAAUUUAGGAAUAUGGGACACAGCCGGUUCAGAGCGAUUCAACGCCAUGACACGAGUGUAUUAUAGAGAAGCAAAAGCUGCUGUAGUAUGUUAUGAUCUUACCGAUUCAAUCAGCUUUGAUAGAGCAAAGUUUUGGAUCAACGAACUUAAGAAGCACGAAGAGUUAUGUAAAGUUUAUUUGUGUGGAACGAAGCUGGAUCUGAUACAAGAAAACAGGCAACCCAGAGCAGUGGACCCCACGAUUACGUCAGACUAUGCCAUAGAAAUUGACGCAAAGCUAUUUGAAACGUCCAGUAAAACAGGAGAAAACGUAGAGGAGUUAUUUUACGAAAUCGCCAAAGACUCAUUAAAAACAGAAGCUGAACAAGCUAGAAGAAGAGAAAAUGAAGCUAUCCUAUUACAAAACCGAUCCAAUGAUACAGGGAAAUCAUUGAAAUGUUGCUAGGAGCCUCCAAAGASCCCGAGCAAACGGACUUUUCGUCUUUUUGGUCUUCCUGUGUUAGUAUUCUUGACCGAGAAGAACUGGUAUCGAGAAAUCUUCCUUCAUCCUUACCCUCUCCCCCUCUGGGGUUUUGACUUAACACAGGAAUUCCACGGAGUACAGUUGGCUUCACGUCUGUCAAAAGAAUGGCUGUGAGGACAAUGUUUUUGCAGUACAGUAAUUUACUUUAAAGUCGCCAAAUGAGAUAUACAGUCUUUUACAAGACUAAAGUAUUAAACGAAUGUUAUAGCAUGUUUAUAGACAAACCGACAGAUGUAGAGGUGACAUUAUUUAUUAGGAAUAUAAAAAUAAAAUUAAAUGCAAUCAAUCGCGAGCUCUGAAUAAAACAGUUGAAACCUCAGUCA